UGUGCCAAGGUGGUUUACUGUUUUUCUUAUUUUUCUUCUAUCUCUCUACCUGUACCCGCACGCCGUGAUCCUCGUAGAAACACCCAAAAAGACAUGUAACGAGUUGUGCAAGCCAGUGUGCCGCGUCUGGGAACGCCCGGAGAACAGGUUCGCCUCAUAUCCCACCCUGUUUCCUUUUCCUCGCCGCGCUCCGGUCCGCCCACGACACUCUAAGCGCGAAACUCCAAGUCGCCGACCCGACCCCCGUUUAGAUACAAUGCAUCGACAUGGCCGAGGCCGGGAAUUAUGAUGGACAGAGCGAUGCGUCGAGUGACAAGAGAUCAGAUUUCCGUCUCAUAGUGAUGUUGUAUGUAUCAUCAUGGCUCAUGCUGGCUAGUAUAUAGCUGGGUAUGGGCAAUGCUAUCUGUGUAUUUCUUCCCCCCCCCUCCCUUCUUUUUGACGAUAGCUGGUUUUUCUCCUGUCCCUGUGCCGCUUCUUCUCUCGUGGUAUCUCUUCGGCGACCCGUCCCGAAAUGUAAUUAAAUAUAAAAAACGACCGUAUAUCUCUCCUGAGUACUCCCAGUAGAAAAGAGAGGAACAAACAACACAAAAAACGAAUAAAGAAGCAAGCAAGCAAGAGGGAGGCAGGGAUCGUUAGCAACUUGGGAUCGUUCGCGCCCUAUAAUUGCAACCGCCCGACGGGGUGGUCCCUCUCGUAUAUGUCUUGCAUCGUCAAUUGGAUCCCGACGACCUUGGCCUCGAAGAAUUGGAAGAGCUGGAAGAAGGCGACGAUGAAUUCGAAGGAGCUGCACGCGCGCGCGAACCGCGGUCAGCAACGCGCUCUCGCCACGGGCCCCUCACAGCCGAGCCCGGCAGAGGGGAAGAGGGAAGAGGACUUACACAAGCGAGGCGAUCAAGCCUAU